ACCGAUUUAGCCAAAUAAGCGACUCCCACACUGAAGAACUCGAACAUUUGCGCCUACGAACUUGUCGAAAUAGUUGAGUGAUUGAAUUGAAUUCGGACAAUCGAACCUUUCCCACCCUUCUGCUGCUCUUAUCCCAGACAUAUUUCAAAAUGACUCUUAGCACCAGCAACCUCGUCUCCGCAGACCUUGUCUGGGAGAUUGUCCGAAACAACAACGCCUACCUCGUCAAGAGGAAGGAAUUCGGCGGCGUUCAGUUCUCCCGCGACCCUCUUAACCUUACCAACAAGAGCAACCGCAAGAAUGCCGGAUUCGUAAACGACAAGGCUAUCGGUGUUCAACCCGCGGAGAAGGGAGGUGUUAAGGUCAUCAGCAAGAAGGAGUCCGCAUCGCAGAAGCCCAAGGAGUCUUCAAUCGAGACUACCCACAGCGGUGGUCAGGCCACGCGAAAGAUCUACAAGACCGUCGCUAACCAGACUGCCAAGUCCGGCUACCGAGCUGACCUCCGUGAGGCUGCUGUCGCCCGUGUCUCCGCCAUCCGCCAGUCCCAGAAGGACCCCAAGCCCACACCCGAAAAGAAGCCCCGAGGCGCUAAGGCCAAGAAGGCUGCCGCCGUGCCGGCAUAAGCUUUUCCAUGAAGAUGGGAAAGGGGGUAUACCUAUAUGAGGAUUGGGUCAUGACU